CACAUUCUUGACUCUGCGACUCUCCGCUUGACUAUCCAACGACCAGGGUCUCUAAAUACUACGAUGCAAGAUAGAGGCGAAGAUCGACAACAAUGCCUUCGCUCGUACCCUGUUUUGCGGCUUUACCAUUUAGCAGGUUGGCGUCGUUGCUAAACUUGGUUCGCCCCCAAGUCUCACUAUUCAGAGAGUGACGUUAAUGGAAGGAAUUCCAGAUCCUCGCCUCGCACCACUGGAUCAUAUAAACUCACAGCCAGUCAGUCACGAUGUAUCCCAUCUUGCAUCUUCUUUGUCAUAGUCUAGUGUGAGACACAUCAACAGAACACCCUGUAUUUCUUCUUGUCACAAUCGUUCAGCGUGUUUAAAACAGUCACUCGGAGAACAUCAACUCGCCCAAACACUCUCAUACAACCUCUUCUUUAUUCACUGACGAGUUGAACAACCACCACCAUGAGGCCCCUAGCUAUUAUCCCGAUGGUAUGCUGCAUAGCGGCAGUCGCACUCGCUUUCAUGUGCCUCUUUGCAGGCCACAAGAAAUCAUUCAUGGAGGAAUACCAUAUAAUCACGUUGAACACCUCUCGCAUCGGCUACAACCUCCUUAACACCACUUCGGAAGAGAGCGCCAAUCCCUUGGAGGAUCUUUUGAAAGACAUCAAGGACAAGUUCAAAGAUGAGAUCAACCAAUUUGCCGGCGACAUGGCCGAACGACUCGGCAUUGAGGACUUCUACAGUCUCCACCUCCUCACUUUCUGCUCUGGCGACUACGUCCCGGGACCCAUGGCCAACGAAACCGUGAAGCAAGACGACAUCACGAAGGACGUCACGGAUUGCAGCAAGGCCAAGGCAAUGUUCACCUGGAACCCCACAGAGACCCUCGAGCGACGCCUGAACGAGACCGGCCUGGGCGUCACGCUCGAGGACCUGGGCUGGCCAGACGAGAUCCAGGACGGCAUCAACACGCUGCAGACCGUCCAGAAGGCGGCCUUCAUCCUGUACUGCCUGUCCAUCGCCUUCAUCUUCAUCACCCUCAUCGCCGCAUUCCCUGGUUUCUACGCUUCGGGACGUCUCCUCCCAGCUCUGAAUAUCCUGCUCUCCACGCUCUCCUUCAUCACCAUCGGCUUGUCCAGCGCGCUCAUGACCGCCCUCAUUGUCAAGGGCUCCGAGGUCAUCAACAAGAACGGCAAAGACAUCGGCGUUGAGGCCCAUCUCGGCGGCAAGUUCAUGACCAUCACGUGGGCCUCUACCGCCGCCAUGUUCAUCGCCACGUUCGUAUGGUGUGUCGAGAUUUGCUUUGGCGAGCGGGUACAUCGUCGUCAAUCGUAUGUGACCAAGGAGGGUUAAACGUCACGUCCGUCUCCGUGGAAGGAAAAGAUUGGCAAUCAAUGUCUUCCCCAAAUUGACAAACCAUUCCGCAUCGACUCGCCAGAUGGAUUUACCCCCAGUUUAGAUACUCAGAAUGACCACCUACCUACCUACACAUUUAUCAUGACCCCUUCCCUUUUUUACUUCUUCCUUCUAUAUUUCCCUUUCCCUUUCUCUAUCUCUAUUCAUCUCUCAUCAUGACCAGACAGGAGGAGGAACGCGGGGAAACAAACACAACUCAGAAAAACCACGAAAUUGGCCUCUUUUCUCCUUCUCUCUCCUUUUACCUCCCCAUCUCUUACUCCUUCCUUUUUUUGCCUCGAUUUGAUAGGAAUGAAAUGCACUAUUUAGCGAUCAUAUACCCUCAUCCCUCUUACCCAUAACCCAUCAUCAUCUCAGACAAGUUACACGUUUUCCAAUAUAGAUCACAGAAAAACCAGAAACCCCCC